AUGGCUACUGCUGUAUCGUAUGAAAAUCAAACUCAAUCAGCUAAAAUUCAACAAUUACAAACAGAUGUUAACGGUGUUUUUGUUCAAAUGAAAGACAAUUUAGGUAACAUUAUUAAUCGUGGUGCUAUGCUUGAUGAUUUAGAAGGUAAAACAGAUGAUCUUCAAUAUAGGGCCGAACAGUUACAAAUUGGAGCUCAUCGAGUCCAGGGAAAAUUUUGGUGUCAAAAUAUUAAAAUGUGGAUUAUACUUAUUACUGUUAUUGUUGUAAUAAUCGUUGUGCUUGUUCUAGCUCUAACACUUACAAUAGGAAAGAAGAAUAAAUAA